AUGAUCGCGACCACAUUUCAUGCACGCAUGGAGGCUUUCACCUCCGCCAUCAGCGCAUGCGGCCGUGCGGCGCAGUGGUCCUUCGCCCAGCUGCUGCUCGCGGGCGCGCAGCCGCGAGGCCUUGCCGACCCCCUGUGCCGGAAUGCCCUGCUCUCGGCCCUGGGGCGGGCGGCACGCUGGCAAGAGGCCUUGACCAUGCUAGCUACUCUGGGGGAGCAGAGCAGCACAGCUUCGUGGAAUGCCAGUAUCACAGCUUGUGCUGAAGCUGCUGAGUGGCGCUCUGCUUUGGCGCUCCUAGCUGCAAGGCGCCGUUCUUUGACUAGCGACCUGGUCUCCUUCAACGCGGCGCUGGCGGCGCUGAGGAAUGCCAGCUGUUGGGAGAAGGUGCUCGGCCUCUUCGAGGACAUGCUCUGCAGCAAGCUCCGUCCGGAUGACAGUAGCCUCUCGACUGCUGUGGCCGCUCUGCAGCGGGCUGGAAAUCCCCAAAAGGGGCUUGACCUUUGGAACCACCACCAGCAGAGUGCAGACACUGCAUCCUACACGGCUGCACUGAAGUGUGCAGCCGAUGCUGAUGCCUGGUGCCUCGCCUUGUGGCUGACGCAGGAGAUGCAGCAGAAAGGCAUCUUCCGAAGCCGCCUGGCGGAGAAGGCCCUCCUCCGUGCCUGGGCAAGGGCCCCAGUGCUUCAGCUUCCAAAGGUCAAGCAGCUACUGUCGGAGGAGGAUCUGGCCUCCUUGGCCUUCUGUCUGGAGAAGCGACAUCACAGCCCCUCCUCCGAGACCGUCGCGUGGUCCUGGCCGAGCUUCCCCAGCCAGCCUCUACCGGCGGAGCUGGUGCCACGCAUGGCGCUGCAGCCGGUGGACCUGACACCAGUGGCUGCGGCCCUGGACCCCACUUGGCGCCUGUGGCCUUUGGGCUCCCGCGCUGAGGGCCUGGCCACCGAGGACAGUGAUGUGGAUGCUACGAUCAUCCUGCCCAACGGCCUCCAGGGUUCGUUCGAAGAGCAACGCGAGCUGCAACGACAGACGCUUCGGAGAGUCCGUGCUUCCUUGCCGCAGGCGGUGCGGGUGGAUGAGCUUGUCUUGGAGGCGAAGCGCCCGAUCCUUCGGCUCCACUGGGAGGACGCACACGGUGAAGGCCGGAUCUGGAGGCGUGGCGAUCUGUCGGUGGAGAGCCGCCAGGGCGCCCAGAAGAGCGCCUUAGUGGCGCAGCAUGUGCUGCUGGGGCAUCCCGCGCUGGGCGCCGCCUGUGCCAUGCUGAAAAGCUGGGCCAAGAGGCGAUGCAUCUAUGGCCAAAGCCACGGAUUUCCUUCAGGUUUGGGCUUCAGCUGCCUGGGCAUCUUCGCCGCGCAGCAGAUGCGGCCAGCGGCUGCUGUGUCGAUGGAGUUGAAGGUUGGCGAAGUGGCCAAUCUUGAGGAGGUCUACGAACAGCUCCAGCGCUCACAGCAACGCUCCGAGCUCUUGGAGGAUUUACCACGUCUGCUGCAGGGCAUCUUUCGCUUCUAUGCUGAAGACUUCGAUUGGGCAAAGGAUGCUGUCUCGUUGCACUGCAGAACUCUAGUCAACCGCCAACCUGCCCGGCUGAGCAUUGAAGACCCUGUGGAACUUCAGCUCGAUUUGGCACAACCAUACAUGGACCAGGUGCGCUCUGAUCUCUUGCAACGUGAAAUGAGAGCCGCCCAUGAACAGCUCCGAAAGCACCGCUGGGAAGCCUUUGGAGCGAAAGAUGGUGUGCAGUCUUUGCCCGGCAUUGCGGGGCACCCAGAGGAGCAUCUGCAUGAGCUGGGGCGGCCUGCGGGACUUCGAGUCUUGGACCUCUGCGCUCUUCGAGAGAACCGGAACCGCCGGGAGACCAGGCUGCUCCCCAUGUUGAACUUCAUCGCCUCGGCCGUGUGGACGCGGCUCUUUGGACACACCGCAGAGCUGCUGAAAGGCCAAGAUCACGAGAAUGAGUAUAUGCUCAAUGACAAAGCCCUUCUGGUGAAUCGUUUCAUUUCAGUCCCUCGAGACCUGGGCGAUGUGAACUGCGGUGCGUUCGUGGCUGGCAUGGUGGAAGGGAUGCUGUGCAGCGCCGAGUUCCCCGCCACGGCGACGGCGCACACCGUGGACGAGCCGACUGGAACCAGCACGACCAUCCUCAUUCGCUUUGAGGAGAAGGUCAUGGCCCGGGAGCGCCGCUCGGAGCGAGGCUGA